CGAAAUUUAUUUACCAUAGACUACGAUUCGGGUUGGCAGUAUUUGUUGAUCUCAUCCGUUUCUGUAUUUUGGCUGGAAUUUCACAUGUAAGGAUGUCUUGCUGUCACGGCUGCUAAGCGUGUUUUCGUGUUGUUGUUCGGCCAUCUUGGCUAAUUCAAAUGAUACCUUUCAUGUAAAUUGUGCUUGUUGACGAUCAAGGUCAGCGAACUGUGGCUCUCUUAGAGAGAAUGUUGCUGCUUCUUUGGUACCAUGACUGGGAUCUAUGAACUGUUUGACAGCUAAAUAAGGAUUUAACUCUACGUCCACGCCAUGAGCGAAAUUGCAGAAAACGGGUAAGGACUAACCUAGGUUUGUUGGUUCACAAAUCCAAAUUACUUAAGCUCAUUUAACCGGAAUGGUGAACAAACUUUAUUCGAGCCUUUUCUAAGUCCUAGAUCAAAUCUCAUGACCCGAACAGAAUUGAUGAAAUGAAGUUCAUAAGUUUGAACCUUUGACUCAUUUCGUCAGACUGUAUCAACAUUUUGACAAUGUAUCUAAUAACCAACACGUCCCACUCGAUUCGCAUUUGUCCACUUUAAUCAGUAAGGAAACAGCAGAACAUAUCCUUCGAUCCAAAUCUUUUGUCUUUAAUAGUAAUGAAACUUAAUAACUUGGAUCCUAAGACCUAUAAUUGAUCAAGGUUUGAACUAACGAUAUGGUUUUAUAUAAACUCAAUUAUUGCCUGUGCAGACGUGUUGUUGAUAUAAUUAGAUCUACAUAUUUUAGGUAAACACUGCGAUAUGUUAAUUCCUAAAUUUCCUAAACUUGACCUUUUUUGUUUUUUUAAGGGUCAACUAAACUGUGUGUGUGAGAUGUGUGUAUUAUGCCAUUCAUAAUAGUUUUAGUGUGAUUAUAACUAUAAAUACAUGUACAUGUAAAUCUUAACUUCUUAAUGACUAAACAAUGUUGUUGUAUAGAUAUUAUUGUUUAGAGAGUAACAUUCUGUUUCGUAUGCCAACUGUCCACCACUGUCAUUUUUGUUGUCAUCAUCAUCAUCAUCAUCAUCAUUAUCACCAUCAUCAUCAUCAUCAUUGUUGGGAUUAGCUGCCAGCUUUUUUAUGGUUUUUACUUGAUCAAUGCCUGGGGGAUACGUGCUCAGUUUAUAUUGUUGACUGAGCAGGAAGGGUGUCAACUUAUGCUAUUUGUGUAGAAGGGUUGAAGUUUCCAGUAUCGUCCUAAGAUACAUGUACAAAGAGGCCCUCUUAGGGGUGUUACGUAUGAAUUUCAAAACCUGAUGUUUUGCAUAUUAUAAUAAAUGAUAACUUAUGAUUUAGAGGUAGCACAUCCACAAAGUGGUUCUUUGUCUACCUGGUUUCUGGUCGAAUUGGAAUUUGGAAAUGUUGGUUUUUGAGGAGAGGGGAAAAUCGGAGUACCCGGAGAAAAACCUCUCGGAGCAAAGGAGAGAACCAACAACAAACUCAACCCCCAUAUGGCAUUGACGCCAGCAUUUGAACCCGGGCCACAUUGAUGGGAGACAAGCACUCUCACCACUGGGCCAUCCCUUGCUACCCAGAAAGCCAUGUCACUGUUGAUGUUUCACUGUGGUAUUUGUGCUUUUCUCUGUUGCAUCUUUAACCCAUCUUUGUGUCAUUUGUCGCCAUUUCUUCUGUGCUAUGUCGCUGUUUCAAGGCCAUGUCGCUUGUCAGUAUAUUUGCCCUAAUAGGCUUUGUAGAACCUCAGCCAAAACCUGUUGGAAUUAUCUACCAUACAAACUGUCACUAAUUCCGCCUUCCAUGUCGUUCUGGAUACACUCCACCUUGGGUUUUAGACCUUAAAAUAGAAGUAUGAAAUGUGGCUUCUAAAUUCUUGCAAAAUAAAGUACAGAUGUAAGCACAAAAAACAAGUUACUUACAUAAAAAUCCUACCUUUGGAAUGUUGUGUACAUGUCUUUAGCAUUUUACACUUGUUAACACAGACUUGUAAGCAUUUUGAUUAUGCUGAAGAUGAUAAUUAUUCACCUACGGUAUGUAUCUGUUUUUUAAAGGGAUGAUGGCAGUGGGGCUGGAGUAGAUGCACUAGAUGAUGAUGGUCAACAACCAAAGAAGAAAGUAAAGUAAGUUCUUGAGCAGAUAACUACUUUUUGUGCAUGGAAUAGAAGACCCUUCCAUGGUUUUUUCAACUCUUGACUUGGGACCAGUUUAGCAAAAAUGCAUUAAUACAACUGGACACCUGGCUUCUGGUGAAUUGAGGAAAAAAAGUCAAAUUUCGCGGAAUUUUUAGGAACAAAAUGUGGAAAAAUGGGCCGAUUUCGCGCAAAUUUUCGUGGUUUUGUGGUUAUUUUUGGGGCAACUUUCACUAGAAAUCGAUCGGUUUUGCGCUGAUCAGACCAGGGUUUUUAAUGUUUUUCUGAAAGAGGUCAUCAUUUGCUCUUUCAACUGCCAUGCGCUCCAGAAAUGAACCAAUGGCAAAGCCUUUAACUUGAUGGCGAGUGCCCAGUUUUUCACAACAUAAUCUAUGCCUAGUAGUUUCAGGACGUUGUUCGCACAUUACAGUGACAAAGUUUCAAGAUAAAUUUACAAGUUUAAGGCCCAAGUAAAUAGCCCCAAUAGCUGAGACAAUUUUCAAAAAUGCUGUACACACAUGUAUUUGAUAAGAUUUCUACUGAAUUUCGUGGUAUUUGCGUGUUUUUGUGAAUUUCAUGGGAUUUCGCGGAUUUACUUGAAUUUUGCAGCUCCGCGACCACACGAAAUAUCAGAAGCCCUGACUAGAAAAAACACCUUAAAAUCAGUAAAGUUGCCAAGUUUGAAAGUGUUUUGUUGAAAACUAAAUGAAGAUAUAGCUCCAAGCACAAAGUAGUGAAAUUUUACAGACUUUUGUAUUUUGGGGGGCAAGUUCAUGCAGAAAGAAGCCAGUUGGGUGUCAAUGCAUAUUCCUUUACUGGUCCCAGUCAAAAGUUAAUAAGAAUGUGGAAGAAUCUAUUAUUACAGGCACAAGGGUCUAUUUCCUAAGUGACCUCUCAUAAAAUGUUCACACGGUACAUUGCACACUGUACAUUACAUUCUACUGUAGAAUUCCGAAAAUAAUGGUUCUCGCUAAUAUAAGGGCUACCUGAAUGUAACAUCUACUUUUUACCUUCCUAUUAAAUCCGGAAAGUAACGGCCCACUUAAAAGUAGUGGUCCUUGGAAUCUAAUGUAAUGUUUAGAGCAUUAUUUUCAAUCUACAUAAAAAGCUAUUUUAAAGAGUUUUAAACUUAACAUAUGCUGUAGCAGGAACCAAAAACAUGUCUGUUUUUUCAAUUUUUAGUAAAUGUCAACUAUCAGCCUAUAUACUAACAACAUUAUACAGUGCACAGCUUUUCCUCAGCCAUAACAAUUAAAGAGCACAUCUCCCUACUGCAAAAAAUAGGUUUCAUGCAUGUUUCUGUGCGUGUCAGCUACAUGUACUUAUUACCUGUAUGUAUCCGUGUGUUACUCACAUUUAUCCGUAUGUUAUUCAUGUAUUCUUACAUUACCUGUAUGUUACCCAUAUGUUACCCAAAUGUACCUGUGUGGUGUUUUAGUGAAGAUCACUCAGGACCUUAUACAGUGUAGCCUGAAUUUCAGCCAUUUCUUCAAGUUCCAAACUCCCCAGAGAGGUCUGAAUUAACCAUCCACCAAUGUUAUCUCCUCUUGACAUCACUACUAGACUUCAGCUGUACUUGAUUGUCAAAACAUUUGCAUAAUAAAAUAUUUUGUGUAGUUAUGAGUAAUUUUUGGUGGGAGUGUCAUUUGAUACUAGGUAGUUUAAGUGUUCACAUGCUUGUGUGGAGUUUGAAAUUUCGACAAUCUUUAUUGUAACAGGGAAAUAAAAUUAUCCAGGGGACCCAAAAUAAAUUUUUUGGGGGGGUCACCCAGAUUUAAUCUCCAUUUAGGGAAUGCCUUAGUACUUAAAACAAGACUGAUCACAAAAGUUGAAGUGUACAGUAUUUACAAUAUUUUUAUGAUGACAGCUACAGCUGUAUCACAAAAUGAACUGUCUUACUGCUCACUUAUGUACAGCUGUACUGCACUUGUGGAAAUUCAUCACGCAAUAUCGCAGCAGAUUGCAAGGCAGAAUUAAAAAAUGAUUUUCUUUGUUGGACAAUAACAAACCGUAGUCUUUCACCUCUAUUCAGGGGACACUUCUAUUCAAGAGAAACUUACUUUGGUCGCGAGGUUGUCCCCUGAAUGGGGAUUUUUCUGACUUGAAUCAAAUUAGUAGCAGAUCUUGUGCGUGCUACAGAGCACCAUGGGUUUUACAAUUUGGUUAUCCAUGCAUCCAAGAAAUUUUGGGUUGUGACAAAAUCAUCUGUCUGCGUGUACACUGUAUGGCCUUACGUCCCCCUUUUAUAAUACAGAUGUGAAAUGUAACACCUACUAAGCCCAAGGCAUACAAUGGGAGUGUUUAACUUCAUAUUGGACAUUCGUGUGAUGUUCAAUAAUGACAGCUGUCAAAAAAGAAUAUUCACUGACCAGUGUCACAUGACUGUAUCAUGGGCUCUGGUGUACAACUCAAGGGUUUUUUUUUUUCUUUUUUUUUUUUUUAAGUUCUUUGUGACCAGUCUUUUGUUUUCAUUUGAUCACAGGCUCAUCAGGUCCAUUUUUCAGGAGGAAUUCAGUUUGCUUUUUCCUUAUGAGUAAAGUUGAAUAAAAACAAAAUCAGAAAGAUAUUAGUUUGUCAAAAAAAAAAUCCCACGAGAGCUUCGUUUUUGGCCUUAGCUAUUUCUACAGGUGCACAUAUUACAUGUAUUUUGGUCAAGCAGGGUCCGAAAUUAACUUUUUAAUACGGCCGCCAACUGGCGAUCAAGUAUAAAUUUUUGGUCGCCAAAGGGCAAACUGUGGUCGCCAAAAAUUUCCCCUCCCUAUUUUUCAAAUAAAAAUUUAAACACCAAUUAAAAAUGCAUGGUAUGGACGUUUUUAUGGUCAAAAAUUGCACUACUUUCGCUCCCAAUACCAGAAAGCAACCGUACGUGUACGAUUGAAGUCUUAUUUUUUCCACAAAUUACUUUUUGGAGAUAUAAAGCUGUCUGACCUAGAAGGUAGGAACAGAAAGCUGUCUGCCCAUAACUGCACUGAUCAUAUCAAAACUCUAUUUUCUUCCGAUAACUACCACGAAACACGAAACAUUAUCACUGUGACAGUACCAGGCCACAACUGCGCCACAUUACUCGUACCAGUCCACAAAGUACAUAACGUACUUACCGUAUUUCAGCUGAAAACAACAUAGCGGCUUGGAAACGUUCAACUCGUAUUGAUCGUAGCUGUUGUGGAGGUAUUAUUCCGAUUAUUACAGGAAGAUUCGUUUCACUUUUAGUUAAAAAAUAUCACCAGGACAAAAAGUUAGACACCUGUUGGCAAAUAGCUUCGAGGUUUCAAUUCUUAAUCAGUUUCUCCUAACCUUAAAGUCCACAAUAACAACUAACUUUACAAGUCGCUAGCUGGCGACCGGCUAUUAAACUCUGGUCGCCAGGACUAAAUUUUUAGUCGCAUUGGCGACCAGGAAGGCGCAAUGUCGGACCCUGUCAAGGCAUACUGUAUUCCGUGCAAUUUGCCACUGUAAUGGAAGUGUGUGCCAUGUAGACGGUGUUACUUAAAAUUCACCCUUUCCUUACUAACUUUAUUAUUUUUCAUAGAUCUUCAAGAAAUGCUAGUGAGAAAAAACGGAGAGAUAAACUAAACAUUUACAUCAGUGAGCUAGCUGCAAUGGUUCCAUCAUGCGCAAGUGCCCAGCGUAAACUCGACAAGACCACUGUUCUGAAAAUGACAGUUAAUUACAUGAAAGUUAAUAAUGGUAUGUUUACCUCAUUGUUAUUGUCUUUUUUUGCAUGUUGUAGUUAGCACUUUUUCUGGGACUUUUGUGGGCUUAAUGUAUAGAAAACGUUUCAUUUUUAGUUAUAACAUUACUGUGCAAUAUCUUUUUAUUUUUCUUCGUGUUGUUAAAAAAUGAUAAGAGUAGCUCAAUUCCUCUUCAAUUCAGUCAAGACAAACAUUAUUAAGUGGGUCACUUUGUGUUUUGGAGCGUGUGGUGCUUUAUUCAUUUCAACCCAUGUUACUUUUUCAUAGCCUGCAUAGCAGGCAUUUGGAAGAAGUGGGUGAAAGAGAGAACGGGUGUGCGCGAGCGAGACACGCGAGGGUGAGGAAGAGCCUGCACGGAAGGCCCCUCGAAAAUCGUUUCAACUCGCAUUCUGUGAGUAAGGAUAUUUCCAAUUGGUCGAGAGGCUCCAGAGGGAAAAAUUAACCGCGUGCGGUGAGAAAACUGUCAAUCAAUAGUACAUGGACAACAUAGUGAAGAUCUUACAUUACACAAGUCUAGCUCCUGACACCACUAAAUUGUAUACAAUCGAAGUUCAGGUCUCGGGGGUCACUUCAAUCUGGUUUAAUGUGACUAUGUGUCUGUAAUCUCAAAGAAAAGUUGGAGUGUUCAAAUGGUAUUCACGAGGGAAAGAAUUGACAUCAGAUAUUACGCAUUAGCAGAACUGGCAAGAGACAAAAGAUUUGUCAAAUCGUUCCAAUGAAGAUCAGAGGAAACAUUCUUUGCUCAGGAGAACUUGGCGGCUUGUGUUGUCGAUGGUUCGUAUACCAUAAAAACUUGGACAUGAUUGAUGAAAUGAAACACUUACCAGGGGCAUGAAUUUGAAAAAACAUUUCACUAUUGUAUUAUUCGCCGUUUGGAGGCGACCUGAGGUCUGUUGUUUAUGUCUCCUUACUGCAGUAGAAAGCAUGUCAGUACAGUUUGUGUUCUGAAGUUUAGGUCCAGUUAGUAAGACAUGUCUGCUCCAAAACCGGCUGCCACUUAGCACAGUAAAAGCAACGUUCAUUUUCCACGUACGCUGUGAUCGUUACUGUCUGUCCAGUUGUGGCUAAGUAAGCUCAGAAAACAAUUUUUUUAGUUUUUUAUAAUACGCAGCAUACAUUCUUUAAAACAUACCCAGUUUUGACUUUGUUAUUUCCUAUUUAUUGUGCUUGUGGUUUAAAACAAUUUAAAGCUGUGUGUUAACCAUCAGUUUAUUGCUCCAUUGCUCUAUAAUCAGAUAACCCAGCUGAUCUUUAUAACAGAUAUAUUUGGACCGAAGAUAAAAUGUACAACGCUUUUUGGCUGCACGCUUUGUUUGUGCGAAGUCAGUCGUUUUCUGUCAAGACUUUUGACAGAUCACGCAACGGCUUCCAGGUAAUUGGAGAGGGAGCGGGAAACGAUUUUCGGGGACCUUCCGUGCAGACGCCCCCUUGCGUGUCUCCUUCUCGCCUGCCCGUUUUUUCUUGUGCCUACUACUUCCAAACGUCUGCUACGCAGGCUAACUUUUUCAUACAUUUGUAUCUUUAAUAUCAUUUGAAAGAGAAAAAGAAUUGGUGUUAGAAUUUAUUUUAGAAAUAUUCACUUUUCCAACCAAAUAUUGUGAUUUCCUGUUUGUAAAUCUGCUGGCCUGUUUCUAUUAACCUUAAUAGCUGUCACAGUGAGCCCUCGCUUGUGGAUAUUUAAUUUCAUUGCUUCCUUUUAGUGCUGAGAACAAAUACAAUGCUCUGUGUAAAUUAAUGCUUUGUGUUGAUUAUUAACUGAAUAAUUUGUACCUUUUUAAAACAGACUUGACUUUCUCCUUUCUUGGCAAUGAAACUGGGCUGAUGUCAUCAUUUUUAUGUGGCGAAGAGCUUGGUGAACUUCUUGAUAAGGUGAGUGUACUGCAUCAUUAUUUUGACCUGUAUACAUCGUCCUUGUGUUUGUGUUAAUGAGAAUUUUCAGCAAGCUAAAAUAAAAUAAUUGCAGAAUUGGACUCUGCAGACAGAUUUGGUGGCAAGGUCUAAGAGGCAUGUACUGUAAUUCUUGCUUUGAUUUAAGUGUCAUUCUUUCAUAAAUUUCUGCCACUUGCAGGCUAUGAAUGGCUUUCUGGUUGUCUUGUCCUCUAGUGGAGAGUUUGUGUUUAUUUCGAACAGCAUUGAAGAUCUUCUUGGCUUGAAAAAGGUAUGUACAUAGUAUUUAUUAUUAACAAUUCACUGUGCACACACUGGGGUUGACACAGCUGUAGAAUGAAUAGCUGCGGCGAGGAAUGGAGAUACACAAGUUUGAGUUUAUUCUACAAGUGUACCCAGUAAGUGUACAGCUGUAUUUGGGUGCCAUUAACAAACUAGAUGUUUAAAGGUGGCUCAACCCACUUUUUCAGUAACCGUACAUGUAUAUACUCUCUUCAAACAAGAAAUUCAAAGAUGCCUCAAACAAAGUACAAAGAAUUACCCCAUUAUGUGGAGUACAAUGUAUAUAUUAGAGUUUCCGAAAAGGUCAGUGAGUUCUACAUACAGCUAUAUCUAUGGCAAUAUCAUUUGAAAUUGCACACUUUCUUCAAUUAACUCUAAUUCAAAAGAAGUUGUUUGGUCCUCCACAAAGGAACAUUAGUGUUAUUCAUAAACAACGGCAGUCCUAUUCAGGACUACAUUUACCCAGACGAUCAUACUCAGCCUACUUAUGAUUAGUGUUAUUAUCAUUAUCUUCAUCAUUAUUAUUAUUAUUAUAUUUUUUUGUCAUUAUCAUUAUCAUUUUUAUCAGCUUUAUUAUUAUUUUUAUUGUCAUUAUUAUUAUUGUUAUAAUUAUUAUUAUUAUUACAUGGUUCAUAAAUCUUUAAAAGGUCUUGAAUUUUAGUAAUCGUCUUCAAAAGUACUUGAAAAGGUCUUGAGAAGUCCUUGAAAUUCACUACUUUUUCAUGCCACAACAGUUUCAGUGAAGUUAGAUUAUUUCGCCAAGUAAAAUUUGGCUCAUCCUUAGUGUAAUGACCUGUUAAACUCUUGAGUAACGUAAAAACAUUUUUGUGCAUAAACAAUGUUUUAUUUCUUUUCCUUUAUUUCAAAUGCAAUUUCUGUACCUCAGAUGCAACUACAAGCUAUACCCAGUGACUGGUGCCAUUUUGCUAAGUGUUGUCAUGGAAAGACAGUAGUAUAAGAAAAUGUGAUCAGCCAUGGCUGAACAAGUAAAAAUCGUAAAUGGCGCUAUUAAGUGUUUUAGCCAAUAAGGUGUUCAAAAAGGGGUUAUAGAAUGCUGACUUAUUGGACAAUUUUUAGUCCUUGAAAACUGUAAUAUUUGUCCUUGAAAAGUCUUUGAAAUUUGUUUGUCUGAAGUGGUACAAAGCAUGUAUUAUUAUUAUUAUUAUUAUUAUUAUUACUAUUAUUAUUAUUGUUGUUGUUGUUGUUGUUGUUGUGUUGAUGAUGAUUAUUAUUAUUAUUGUAAAUUGUAAUUAUUAUUAUUAUUAUAAUAAUUAUAAUCAAACAGGAAGACCUACUUGGUAAGAAGAUCUUUAACGUAGUCCAUCCGGAUGACAGGGAGCGGAUAAUGAGGGAGUUCGUUACAGGAGGCAAAAGUUAUUUAACUUCACCAACGGACGAGAUGGGUACGUGUAUUGUCCUAAGCGCUUGUUUAAACUGAACGGUGCCCAUGAGAAACCAUAGUUUUAGACAGGAUUUAGCCAGGUUUGACUGUUCUCAUGCCGAGGUCAAAUAUGAUCCUUCUAUGGGAGUAAACAAUCAUGGAUGCCCGUCUUGAGUAGCCUGAGAAAAUAGCCCGCGAUAUUUCACGACGCCACCAACAACGAUUUUCCCGGCGAAAUGACGUAAAGGGAACGAGCCUAGAAAUUCCAUUCUGAUGACGUGUCACUACCCAGAUCUGGGUGUUACUUCUGAUUGGUUGAAGCAAAUAUUAAAAAAAAACAGUGGCCCUUUCUACCGAUACGGCGGCCAUAUUGAAUUAAUUAUGGGAUGCCCAGAGAGCAUGAACACGAUCCGUUAUACUCGCUUAGUAUUAGAAAUAUGGUCUUUCACUGUAUACAUCUGUAUUUCUCGUGAAAAAGGCUGUACAACGUUCUUUUUUCCCAUUUCAAUCUUUUUCUAGGAAAACUUUCAGAAAAAAUGCACUGAAAGGCGCGCGUUAGUACUAAGCAAAUGUAUCGGAAUGUGCUCAUGCCAAUAUGGCCGCCGUAUCGGUGAAAAGGUCAGGGGCACCCAACGGCAAUUUUCGGGAAAAUAUCUGUUCGGAAGACGAUUUGAGAACUAGAAUUUUCGGAACAUUUUUUGGAAAAUUUCUUGCUUGCCUGCCUCUCCUAGGAUUUUCGAACAUCUACAAAAUGGUAUAAUUACCCAUUUUAAACGGAUAUUUACCCUAAAAAAGGCCACCUAGAAUUUUCGGGAGCCUUUUCCUGGCUGAAAUUUUCGAAAAGGUAAGUUUUGAUCCCUAUAAUUUUCGGAUCACUAGACUUUCAGCUAGGAAAUCCGAACAGAUGAAAAGUUUUUAGGGGAUAAAAAUAUGCCUAUAUCUACCGUUUAAAUACUAAAAUACGUUCAAAAAUGCUAUGUUAAGUGGUUUUGAACUAUAUCCUCGUUGGGUGCCCCUGAAAGGUCUGUUGAAAAAAGAAAAGAUAAAAGAAAAGCAUACAGUAACUUAAGCUGUAAAAUCAUUUUAAGUAAGAAAUGGCCCCCAAAGAUGUUUCGACGCCAGCUUUAAUUAAUACAAGUGUAAGUUAUGUUCAAGUCAAAACAUUUUAAUAAAUAUGUAGAAAAAUACUCAAAGAACAUUUAACCUACAGGGAAUACCAGCUUAGCUUGUCCCCUACCAACGAAGAGCUUAGCCCGUAUCAUCUCUUCAAAGCAUCCAUCUCGGGUUACAUUAGACUUCCGCAUGUUUGUACAUGGGAAAGAUGGCGAACCUGCCGGGGAUGAAAACAUUCAUUGUGUUGGCUUUUUUGACCACUGGAUGAAAAAGGUGUCCGACCAUGGAAAGAGAAAAGGUGAGCUAUAACACUUUUGGCCCUCGGGCUCAAAAUAACGGUUGGUCAACGGACAAUGUCUGGCCAAGAUGGCCAAUUGUCAGGACAAAAGUUCGAUUUUCCGGUCAUUUUGACCGGACAUGAAAUAAGUGACCGAGAAAAAAAUAUAUUUUUACACUGCUGGGUUUCAAGAGGACAAGCAUCUUUUUUUCUCUUAAUGUUUGUGCUUGUUAGGCUUGUACGUUCGACCUAGUAUUGUCUUGUUUAUAAAAUUUUGACCGGUCAGAAGAAGGGUUUGACCGAGCUAAAAUUUCUUUGGUCGGUCAACAUGAUCGGCAACAGUUCCAAAUUUAUUUUGAGCCUUGGGCCCGGCAAACCCAUCCAGGCAGUUGCGCCCUUGUUCAUUUUGUCAGUUCACCGGUUAACAACGGACUUCUAUCCGACAAAAAACAGUGACCUGGUCGGAAAUGUGUCCUUUCUAAAGAUAAAUAUUGUUUCAGACCUGUUUGUAUACAGAGCUUGGAAGGGACUGGUGGAGAGCAUGGUCAUUUAUUACGUUCUUGUAUUACACGGGUCGCGGGUCACGGGUCGGGUUGUAUCACAAGUGGUGGUCGCGCAUGGAGUUUCGACUAUUAAAGUCAUGUGUUCCAAUUCUGUCUGUAAUAAUAGUCAUGAUUAAACAAAUCAGACACCUGCUUGUUUUAUCGCAAGCAUGAUCGCAAACCGAAUUGGACCCUGCUCGUUUAUACUAUCAUUUACUUACUCAUUAAAGCGAUUAUUGUUGGCAGGUACGCAAGGCGCGAAACAGGGUACCCAGGCGAUUACACCCGCUGGGGAUUCGGUGGAAUCUCUCUACAUGGUUGGGGUAGCGGUGAUAGCUCGCCCCAGUUUCUCCAGAGCAGUAGAGUGUGAGGCUGGGGAAGAUGAGUUUGUAUCACGCCACAGUCUUGAUGGAAAAUUCCUUUUUAUUGAUCCCAAGUGAGUUUGAACGAAGGAAUUUCUCCCAUGGUCUUCAUAGUUAAAAACGUCAGCAGUUAUCUGCCAGAUAAGAAAUAUAAGUUUAGUCCUCCCUUAACUCCCUUGCUCUGCAAUGUUUUAAAGGAAGGCAAAGACCAAACUGUCGGCCUGUCUAAAGCCACGAUUAUUGUGACUGUUUUGUUUAUUGAAGGGCGCCCACGGAAAUAACAGUGCAGUUUGUUUGCUGCCAAAUUUCCAAAAACCAAAUAUUAUACAACAACACUUUUCAAUUACUUAAUCUGUAAAAGACCACAGAAAUGACGUCGACAUGUUCAAAACAUUUGCUAUGAAACCUUUCUACUGCGGCUCUGUUUUACUACUUGUUUUGAUCAUUUUACGCCAUUUCUAUGGUCAUUCAGAGUAUGGAAAUGUUAAAUUGGUUUCUUUUUAUUAACUACCCUUAUCCCACACUGACUGACUGCUUUGUCGUCUUUGAUCUUGCUGUCCUUUUGGACAGAGGGGGGAUGUGUUAGUACAGCCCUUUUCGAAAGCAGUGAAGUCGAUUUCCGUCUUGUCAAGGGGAAUCCCCAUAAUUAUCGUACUCAGUUAAUUUAGGGCCUGUUUACAUGGAGGUGGGGGAUCCCAGGUAGGUGAGGUAACCCGCCUGUCCGUAUAAUCUCUCGUUUAAUUUGACCACAUUUACCCGCCACAUGUUACCUCACCAAUCUGGGCUCCCCCACUUCUAUGUAAACAGGCCCUUAAACAUCUGCUCGAGGGCGUAAAUGUGGUUGUUAUUUCGCCCCUUGUAACUUAAUCCAAGACAGUUGUUGGUUCUUUAAUCCAUAACAAGGAUUCCGGAUUCCAGAUACUGGAUUUCGGAUUCUUGUACAGCAUCUUUUAGUGGAAUUUGGAUUCCACAUUCAAUUGUUAGCGAGAUUCCAGAUUCCGCGAAUAUAAUUUUCAUGGACUUAGGGCGAGUUAUUGUUGUGCAAGAUUGCAUCCUUGUCGACUUGAUUCUACAGCUGCGCAGCUACAUCCUAUGCUUUCUUUACUAAGAAUGCAUUUUUUCCCUCUCUUAGGUCGAUAUCAAUCACAGGAUACCUUCCUUUUGAAGUUCUGGGUGCCUCGGUUUAUAAUUACGUUCACCAUGAUGACAUGGCAGUUUAUUCAAAAGCUCACGAAUUACGUAAGUUGAACUUACAGUAUACUCUCUUUCCGCAGUGAAAUGAGGGGAAAGGCAGGGCAAUCCCUCCCUCCAUACUUACCCCUCAUGGGACCGCGGAUAUACCUUAUUUCCACGGAUAAGCGCCCACCUCCUAGGUCAAAAUAUCACACAAGCCCUGCCCCACUCUCGUAUAAGCGCCCCCUCCCCAUACCUUAUACUUUGUUAAAUAUUAGGGAUACAAAGAAAACCUGUUUCUAUUGCGACUUUUAUAACUUUUUAAACUUCAACUACAAUUUUAUACCGAUACAGCUCUUCCCCGAAUAAGCCUCCACCUCCCGGAGGUCAAAAUAUCGCGCAAGUCCCCCUCUUGUAUAAGCGCCCCCUUCCCCUACCUUAUAUUUCGUUAAAUAGUAGGGAUACAAGGAAAGCCUGCUUCUCUUGCCACUUUAUUUUUAACUUUUUAAACCGAUACAGUUCCGUGUAAAGUUUAUAUUAAGACUACGGCACGGUUGAUUACCAACCCCUGUUUUAUCAAACGAAAGAUAUCAAUACACCAAAUUGACAUCACGUUUAUACGUGGAUUAUGUUUUAGUUUUUGUUUUUGUUAAGAUUUAUCAAAAAUGAAGUUGCACUAGUUCGUUGAAAGGAAAACUUAGUAAGUAACCUUGUCGAUUAAGUGCCCUCGCUCCAAUACUCACGCUCCCCUCCUUUUAGAAGAAAACUUUAAGGAAGAGCCGGUGCGCUUAUUCCAGGAAAUACGGCACGUAAUUUUCUUCCCCUCUUCUCUAAAUUUUCUGGAGAGCCCUGCCAUACCAUUGUCCCGAUUGUCCGAAUUUAUUUCGAGACGACUCGGGCGAUGGACACAAUCCAGCCGACACCAUGGAGACCAGGCUUGACAGGCGCUACUCACGGCUGUUCACUUUGCAGUUAUGGAGUACGGAGAAAGUAAAACGGAUUGUUACCGCAUGAUGAUCAAGAGUGGACAGUAUCUCUGGGCCAAGACUAGAAGUUAUAUUUCCUUCAAUCACUGGAACUCCAAACCUGAGAUCUACUGUAGUACUACUAAAAUCAUCAGGUUUGUGGUAGUUGUAACCCCAGACUUCUAACAGUCCCAAAUUUUCCCGUCGGAAUCGAGCACCUACCCUGACGGGUGAUCAUCUUAGUUUCAAAUGUACGAGUCUUGCUUGAGGAUGAGUAUCAAAUCUACUUAUGAUACCGGGACGGUUUAGGAGGAGGCUAUAAACCCUCCGCCCGCCCCCUUGUUACAUUUGAAACCAAGAUGGCCGCCCGAAACAUUAAGCGUGGCGGUUUUACGGAAAAAUAGAGUAUUGUGAACAGUUGAUUGCAAGCCUAGAGCCCUCUAUACAUGCAAGUACCGUCAAUCCUCUAUUAAGCUAGCCCUUUUCAGGUGAAGAAAGUAAUAUAGAGCCGUAAGAGAGGUAACUCGGCUGACCAUACGCCGGUGUAAUGUAAACUUUCUCUUACUCAGUCUACAUUUUGUCGCCAGUGCUGCUGAAGGUGCAAAAUCACUUAAAGAUCGAGAAGUUGCAAUUGAAAGAAUCAGUCAAGAAAAGCGUCCUUCAGUCUUUGCUCUUCGUUCAGCGCCGAUAAAGUCCCCACAAGAGGCAAACGCCAUGGUUUUAGCCAAAUGGGCAGCAGAUGAGAACAACGUCGUAGCCUCAGCGGACGAGGAAGAUUUAAUGGAGAAUCCCGUAGGGAAUCAGGGGGCCCUGAUGGCUGGGGGCACAGGUAAGCCUAAUACAGUAUAGACCCCAAUAACUCGAACUCGGAUAACUUGAACUCGAUAACUCGAACUCGGAUAGCUCGAAUUCCCCGCUAACUCGAACUAAAUUCCCUUGCACUUUAUGAAAAAUUCACUGAAAUUUCAGACCCCGAUAACUCGAAUUCUGGCUCUUUUAACUCCACUCGGAUGCAUUCCCAUGAGCUCUUCUUUUGUGUAAUAGGUAAAAACACAAAAACAAUGUGUAAACAUGGUUGUGGCGUCAGGAUGUUUUGCUUUUCGCGCUUAUCACGCAAGCACGAAUUUGAAAAAGUUUUCGAGUUCAAAACUCGACAAGUUUACUUUAUUUACCCAUUCCUCCGUCGGCUGAAACUUGGAAAAUCGUUACAAAGAAGGUAUGUCAAUCUAUUUUCGCUUAAGCCGACAGUUUAAGCUAGAAAAAUCCGUAUUUUGAAUAGCAUCUUUUUGCAAAACAAGAACUGAUUACGCGUGCCAUAACAAAGAGUUUUGAGUUUUUUCGCGGGAAAGUUAUUUUAUAAAAGCAAUAUAAAACUUUUUUCCUGCGUUUGCAUAGCCUGAUAUAAACACUCGAGGGGUAGGGAGAAUUCUCGACAGUAAUUCUUCCAACCCCUCUGGUGUGUAUAUCAGGCUAUGCAAACACGGAAAACGUUUUCUGUUGCUUAAAUAUAUAUAUAUAUUUUUCUUUGUGUCAUAUAAUAGGCGAAGCUAAUAAAAUUUUCACUCUAAAAUUUUCAUGAAGGUGAGAGUCUUUCAGUCCCCCCCUGUGACACGCACAGCAUCAGCGAGAUUCAAGACAACGGCAGCGAAAGUAAUGCUAAGGAAACCAGGGACAGUGGUCAAGAAGAGUCGUUUGUACGUACACGUAUUCUUUUUUUUUCGGUCGAUAUUAAAUGUACCUUUUUGUAUGUUGGUGUAUAUUAGACGUGCUUUGUUUCGUUUUGGUUGUUAACCAGUUAAAGAAACGUUUUACAAUUUCCUAGUUAAAGUAACGUAACCGGGCUAACUGAACAAAAAUGAUGCGAGUUCAUUUUAGGGUGUGUUACUGGGCGAGUGUCAAUCAACCUGUUUGUUUGUUUUUUGUUUUUAUUUGUUUGUUUGUUUGUUUUUUCCAACAAAAUGGCGCCUAAAGUUAUUGUACAGACUCAGUUUUCAAUAUUAGUGUGACAUGGAAAUGUUUUUUGUCGCACAGGAACUUCCCUCCACCGUUGAAGAACUCGAAGAUUUCAGGGAGGCCCAGCGUCUUCUCCAAAAUCAGCUGCUUGAGAAGCAUACUGUCCUGAUGAAAGCCAUCUCCAAACAGAAAUCACAGCUACAGGAAAUUCAGCAGCAGAUGAUACUUAAUCUCCAAUCGCAACUUUAUGUAGACCCAGUCAAACUCCAAGAAACAUGUUCUGGCUACAUAAAACGAAAUAAAGACUUAACUGAAAAACGUGAAGAGCAGGAACACACGCUCAAAUCGAUUACUCAUUCUCUGGAAGAGCAAAUGAGAAGCGCUGACCUCCAGUACAAGCGUCAUUAUGAGAAGCUCUUGGACCGGAGAACAGAUGAGCUGAAAGAAGCAGGCUCCAGCGUACAACCCAACACGCUGCAACGGUCAGAGCUUGUCACAAACCAGGCUUUGAGCACAGCUGCUGACUUCUCCGUUUUGACGGGGAACGACAGACAACAACAGCAGCAGCAGCAACAAGCUCCAAUCGAUUCUCCACUGCAGUUAAUGUCAAUGGACUCUCCUUUGGACCUGCAGCAACAAGCUCACAUCGAGGACAUUCAAGGCAACAUAUCAGGUUCAAAAAGGAGUUUACCCAAUAACCGAGAUUCAAGAGGCCAAAAAGUCAUGCUUCUUGGCUCUAGUUCGAGGCCAAUAUGGCCACAAUCAGUUGCCACAGAAACACGACCAGAGCAAAGACUGCAGCAACAGCAAUCUUCUUUGGCUGCGGCGCCGUUAGUACAUCCAAGUAGAACAAACCAAGGUGCGGGUCAACCGUUUUUGCGUGCAAAUCAACGCACCGCAACUGCAACCGAGACAACGAAUGUUCUGUGCACACCAUUGCCAGCCUAUCCUGGCCCAUCCCAAGACCCAUCACGUAACAGUGAUAUUCAGUCGAAUCCGUCCAUGCACGGACAAGUACCAAUUCAAUCGCAAUACGCACUCGGUGCUGCAGAUGUUCCCCAGUCCCGUCAAAUGUAUGCCACUUCGCAACAGAUGAUUGGCCUUCCUCAGCAAAACUCUGAAAUCGCCGCCCUGAAUGCUGGCGUUUUUCAAACACAACCUAUUCAAAGCGCUAUGGCCCAACUAGCAACAGGCCAACUGUCACAAUCUGCAGCAACGUCGCUUAACCUACUUGGUCAGCAACAGCAGCAGCAAAGUUCGCAAGUGAAUGCGGCUGUCGCUCAGAGCAUCACGCAGCUUCUAACAGAUUCCUCACAGAACCAGCAGCUCGUGCAGGUGUUGUUAAGUGUGUUGUCCAUGCUUCAGAGUCAGCCACAACUGGCGGUGUCAUUGUCAACACUACUUAAACAAGUCCAAGGUAAUCAACAGGAACCGCAAGUGGGAGUUCCGUGCGCCGCCCCAACGCAGCCUUUGCAGCCGUCUUCGGCGCAAAUUGCAGUUGGACCGGGUGGCCAGGGACAGCUUCAGAGUGCAUCCCAACCUACUUAUGCUUACAACAGUGAGAGCACUUUCCAGCGGCAGCAGCGCCAACCGUCAGUGCUUCCGAAUCAGUGGAGGACUGCACAACAGCAGCAGCAGCCACAUCAGCAUCAACGGCAGCCGCAGCAACAGCAUUUGUUGCAACAGCAGCAACAGCAGCAGCAGCAAGUACCCGGCUUAGUGCAGCAUUCACGACGAGGAAUGCCCCGUGUGACUUCGACCACUACAAGCUACAGCGUUGCUUUACAACGACAACAACAACAGCAGCAGCAGCAGCAGCAACAACAACAACAACAACGACAGCAGCAGCAGCAACAGCAGCAGCAGCAGCAGCAGCAGCAGAUGGACCAACGACUCUCCAGGAAUGCCUCCUUUUCCAGUCUGACAGGAUCGCCGAUUCCAUCGUCAUCAAACUCUCCCUCCCCACUCAACUUUAUGUCCUAUGGGAGCUUGCCUUCCACAUCGAUGCGGCCUCGAAUGGGAUCUGCGCACGACCUCAACACAACGGGCAAGGGCCCAAAGUCUAAGAGUGACUACUUCUCAAACUUUUCCUCGGACGAGUUAAGCUCCAUGAUGUUAACCGUGUCAAGUGGGAUGCCCACCAACAGCGGCGCUUCCAACUCCCCUGCAUCAAAAGAGGAGAAGAAACUUCAAGAGGAAGAACUUCUUUAUAAUCCCCUCCUCUCACAGCAACAGGAACUGUUGCAGUUGCACCAGGUUCGUUCACUCUUCGUUUACGUUUUUUUUUUUUUUCAUUUGUUUCACUCCCUCGUUGUUUUGUUGUUGUGGUGGCUUCGUUGGUUCUCAAUUUGUCCAAGUUUACAGGAAUGAAUUUAAUUUAAACGUGUUAAUAGUCAGUUGUUUCACUGCUUUUGUAGGAAGAUGAAGCGUUGCUUGUAAAUGCGACUAAAACUGAUCGUUCAGCCCUCCACCAAACCACUACUGUAUAACCGAGUAGUUAUUGCCUCUUAACCAUUCAGUGCCUCUGCUAAUGUGUUGGUGCUCUUAUUUUAAGAUUGUACAUGAAAACUUCAAGUUGUUCAUCAGGGCCCUGUUCCUGAAAGGUUGAUUUGCGCUUAUCUAUGAUUGAAAUUGUGUUCCGUUGUUGUAUUUUACCCUCCUAUUUAUUGCUUACACUAACACUGUAUCUCGGGGUAAAGGCUCAACAGUAUUUUUUAACCUCAAAUUGCAUGUUCUUCGACAAAAAAACCUUGCUCAAAAUGUUAGCUUAAUCCUGGGAUAAACAUGGCCAUCUUUUGAGGAACCGGGCCUGGACUUCAAACAAAGGCCGAAAGACUUACGUCAUUAUUACAACCAUCAUCUUUAUUACCGUUAUUGUUAUUAUGAAUAUCAUUAUUCUCCUUUUUAGGAGCAAAGACGACAACUUCUAGUUCAGCAGCAAGAGCAAAGACUAGCGAUGUUUGAGGAGCAAAGAAAGAGAGAAGUUGCAGCUGCGACGGGGCAACAACAGCAACAUACGGCAGCCUCUAGGGAACCUCCGCCUUCCUACAAUACGGAUGGAGGACUGCGGGCUAUGCUGUCCCAGAGUGCAACGCAAGGAUCUUCCCGACAGCCAGGUAACCUUCGCAAAGACUUCUUUGACUGUUACUAUAGGGGAAUAGAAGGGGAAAAAUUGGCCAAUAGCUGACUGGCGUUCCCCAGUAACGAUACCAAAGACAAUUGCUGCACUCAUGUCGGCUCCAGUUCCCUUCACGUCGCUUAAUUGGUGCAUUCGACCGUAAGCAAUUCAUAUGUUCUCUCUUUUAUUAGGUGAUCAAGACACAGGCGCCUCGUUUUCAGGUUGGUCUGAAACCAAUUACCCGUUGGGCGAAGAGGAAGAACAGGUGCUAAACCUUCUGUUAGCCGAGUCAACCUCAUUCGAUCCCUUACUUGACAAUAUAGAAUGGGGAGACGACGCCUAUAGCAGCGAAGUGAACCUAAAUCCUGACUAAAGCCUUCAAAUACGUACACAUUAGGUGCUCGUUCGUGGAAUGGUGUACUCAUCGUAGAGUAGCUCGUACUCGUGACUCGCGGAUGGCGAAGGCCUCGCGAUGCCAUGCCUUGGGCGUUGUUACACUAUGGACGCGCAAUUGCGUGCUCAAGAGACUUGAGUUGUCUUAAGUUCAAAGAACAGUUUAACUGCAAUGGAACGUUUGCCGACAGUUUUACACGAUAGAAUAGGUACAGUAAGGAAACUAAAUAUUAGGAGCCCAGGCUUUGAGUGUCGGGUUUUUAAGGUAAAAGUAGCUGACUGUUCCAUUUUUUUAUGGGGUAACGUGUGUACCUAGCGUUUCAGGGGUACACAGGACACUGCCUCUUCCAAGAGGUUUUUAAAUACCAAGAAUGGGAAACCGUUGUCGUUUGAAAAUCAUAAACCAUAAACGGUGAAAACCUGAGCUUUAUGGGAAGAGUUGAUACAGUAAGUUCAUUUUAACAAUCACCGAGUGUCGAGCUAGCUAUUUUUCUCAGUCACUAUAAUAUUCUUUCAAGCGACAACGUUUUCUCAGCUCCUGUUUUGAAUAUCACAAAGAAUGGUUUAUGCCCGGUUCAUAUUUCGUGCCUCUGCAGUGCCAAACCUAAGUUGUUCUGUGGAACUCAAAAUUCAAAACUGAUUCAAGAAUUAAGUUCGGCAUAGCGGAAGCACGACCCAUGAACUGGGCCUUACGUUUUUAUGGUAUUAUUUUUACUGGAAUAAUCUCUGGAGCAUUUGGAGAAAAAAACCUGAGUAUAUCAACGGGAUAACAGUUGCGAUAGGCAUUUGAUGUGAACAAAUAGGUAGUAGGUGUAGAAGCGGAUUUUCCAACGAGAACAUGCAUUUUAUAUUAUUGCGUGAUAAUACUGUCAACUCAAUCUCAGUGGACACUUUUGCAAAACUGAUACCUAGGAUACUUACCAUUUACACUAGCCACGCAGGUCGAAGCUGAACAGACUAAUUGCAUGGCCUCAAAUCACAACUCGUGUUUUCUGAAGCUUCGCAAACGGAAUUGCGCGAACCCUAGCCUGUGAUUUUCCAACCGGAAAUUCCGGUUUUCCUGUGUAAAUGGAUGUAUUCCUAGAGUCUGUCCUCCCUGGUCGAUCCCUAGCUUUUUCCAGUCUUUUUCUAUGCCUGUAUAUUGGCCUUUUUGAGGCAGCCCAUGACAGUGCGUCGGGUUUGUGUAGAAUUGCACUAUAAGACUGUCUUGGGGACGAAUUUCGACCCGGUUUUCCACGCAACGUUGUAAUAGCCAAUAAAAAUGUCGUAGCGAGUAGUUUGACACAACACCGACCCAGUCUCGCACCCAACCUCACGGCCAAGUACGCGGAUUACUCUCUUAGAACAACACUUAGUCAUGUACCAGUCCCUACCGUGUCCACCAUUGGAAGAGUUUUACACUUUAUGGUAUGCAGCGUAAUGUCUUUCACCGGGUUCCUAUAUCAUUCACAGUCUUAAAUUCUUGAAAAAGUCUUAAAAAUUUCAAAUCAGUUUUCCAGACUUGGAAAUAAAAAACAGUUUAAAAACUAAAGAGUCUGGAAAAAGCGGUAAAAAGUCUCGAAGUUUUGAUCCGAAAAUCUCUACGAACCCUGAUAAUAGGAAUUCCCCCCUGCUUUCUAGAUCUCUGGCUCCCCAUGCGUCGGCCGAAAAAGGUUUUCCUGCUAAGCUUUGAAGGGAAACUGCUGUUUUUUGUGCAUUUCAACUUAUUACCUAACUUGGGCAAAAGCUUUCAAAACUCUUCCUAUUAGUUUUUAAUCUUUAAAUGCGUUUUACGCAGUCACUCAAAGCAGCCGAUCCCAUUUUCAAUAAUCGGGGCGGACAUGUUUCAGUCGACAUUUUUAUAAUAAAUAUAAAUAUUAUGAUAUACAUAUACCCCUCGAAUGAGUUAUACAUUAGUUUUGUAAAACUUGGACCGCAAAAACGCGAUCCCUUUGAGAUGGUAAGAAAUACCCAUAAUAAAUAAACAGAAUAACAGCAUCUUUAUGAAGCUUGUUCUUAGCAAACGAUAAUAAAUUAAAAUGCCUGCAUGCUGAAGUAAUCGAUUGUGAUGUGA